CCCUCGAUGUCACGUGUUAUAGAAACAUGGCUGCCGCCUUAGAACGGGAGGCAGAUGAAUAUACUUCAAAAAACAGCAUGUCUUCAAUGAAAGUUUUGUCUGCAGCUUCCCCUCUCACUCUGAGAAUAAUUGCUGAAUGUCCAGUGACAAAAGCAAGAGCGUGUGAUCUCAUGCUGCCACACUCUAAAGUCAGCACUCCGGUUUUUAUGCCUGUCGGCACACAGGGGACCCUGAAGGGGAUCACUAUGGAUCAACUGGAGAGUCUUGGAUGUCAGAUUUGCCUCGGAAACACAUACCAUCUUGGCAUGAGGCCGGGCCCUGAUUUGAUCGAGAAAGCAAAUGGUUUACAUACGUUCAUGAACUGGAAGAGAAAUCUUUUAACUGAUAGUGGGGGAUUUCAGAUGGUGUCUCUUGUUGAACUCUCAGAGGUUACUGAAGAAGGAGUCAAGUUCAAGUCUCCCUAUGAUGACAAAGAGAUCUUGCUAAGUCCAGAGAAGUCCAUCAGUAUACAGAACAGUCUGGGGUCAGACAUCAUGAUGCAGUUGGAUGAUGUGGUCAGCAGUACUGUGAAGGGACCACGGGUAGAGGAAGCCAUGCACAGGUCCAUUCGUUGGCUUGAUCGCUGCAUAGCGGCAAAUAAAAAUCCAGACAAACAAAAUCUUUUUGCUAUAAUCCAAGGAGGACUUAAUGCGGACCUGCGCAAGGCCUGUCUAGAUGAAAUGACUCAACGAGAUGUCCCUGGUUUCGCUAUUGGAGGUUUAAGUGGAGGGGAGGAGAAGGAUGAUUUCUGGCGAAUGGUUACUCUCAGCACUGACCACUUGCCACGAGAGAAGCCUCGCUACCUAAUGGGUGUUGGGUAUGCUGUGGAUUUGGUGGUUUGUGUCGCUUUGGGGUGUGAUAUGUUUGACUGUGUCUUCCCAACGCGUACUGCAAGGUUUGGUUCUGCUUUGGUACCUUGGGGAUCUCUCCAGGUGAAACAGAAGCAGUAUUCCAAGGACUUCCAGCCAAUAGACCCAGACUGCCAGUGUCCCACAUGCAAGAGACAUAGCCGGGCCUACCUACACGCUCUGUUUAAGAGUGACACUGCAGCCAUGCAUCAUAUUACCAUCCACAACAUUGCCUACCAGCUCACCCUGAUGCGAUCUUUGAGACAGAGCAUCAUUGAAGGACGUUUUCCUGAGUUUAUACGGACAUUCAUGAAGCAAAUGUUUCCAUCUUCUGAUCAGUACCCCAGCUGGGCGGUGGAAGCUUUAUCUUCUGUCAACGUGACUUUGGACUAAAGCUUCAAGGGCAACUAAAUGGAGGAGAGUGUCAAAUAGAGACUAAAUGAUUUUAUAUCUUUUUAAAUGACCUUUUUUAUGGAUGAUUGUUUUCUACUCUUUGUUGUUUGAAUUUGUUAUGCGGUGAGGAAAUCUGAUGUGACAAAGCCUUAUUGUCAUUUAAAAAACAACCUGCUUUAAUUGUCCUCACAGUUCACAUUUUGAUGUUAGGUUAAAUGGUGUUUAUAUGAGGUAUAAAACUCAUAAACCAUCUCUGCUGAUAUGCUCUGGCAUUUUUUUGCCGUUACCAUAGUUACAAAGCUAUACCCACCCCCCUUGGAAUGUUUUUGCUUUGUUGUGAGCCUCAUAUUUUUGUGCCCAACCAUAUUACAGGGGGUAUUUUUUAUUGAUGAUAAAACCAUAUUGAUCUGUUUUAGUGCUUUAACCUGCAUGCUUGCAUUUUUUUUUUUUUUUUUUUGUUUUGUUAACUCACAAUCUACUCUGAUAAAGAAACUUCUUUUCA